CAAGCCAAUCAUUUCGUUCGUAUCAUAGCAGUAGAAGCAGACAUGUAUUACGAUAGCUCCGUUACAAUACAUGUUUGAAUUACUUUUUUUUUAAUAUAACGCAGAUUAUACUUAGUAUUUCAAUGUACUACAUUAUACAUUUUGUGCCAAUCGAUCAGUAUAAAAAUAUUUAAUUAUAAUUAAUUUAGACAUUUUUUUUUAUUCUUCAGAAUUCUUAUGAGCAGCUAAAAAUGUUUACAAAUUCAGCACGAAUUUUUGGAUAAAUAGAAAUGCAUACACGUUAAAAAUAAAUAUUUAAAGUAGGCUGCAGAUUUUGUUUAGAAUAAAAGCGAAUGAAACUGUAAACACGCAAAAACACACAGCUAUUCACUUCCACGUUGACUCAUCGGUUCGCAAAAUCCGAGUACUUUCCCGGUUCGUCAGCCGGCCGAAAGACUGGGGCACCAUCUAAGCAUUCGCUGACGUCAGCCCUGCUCUGAGAACACCGCCAGACACGAGGAGCCGCUAUGUACGCGGAUAAGCAGCAGCAGCGCGCCUGCGCGCACAACUCGAUCCGCUUCUCUCGCGGCAUUCCGUCGCCUCGCGUCGCCAGCAGCAGCUGCCCGCCACGAGACACAGCAGCGGCUACAGUGACGGUCUCAUCCUGUAGUGCUCGAUGAUGUCGUCGAGGAUGUGAAAAGCCUCAGUGCGAGAAUUCCCGAAGACAUCCCUCAGUUCAGUAGAAAAAGACGAGGUGCACCACUGGGUGACGUAACCAAAAGCUGCCGGCUCGGGACCUUGAAACCGCGUGCGUGUGUGUGGCUGUGUGUGCGGAGCCGCGAGUUUCGGAGUCGGCGCAUCUCUUCCUUCAGCACACACGCGAGCCGUUGCUCCGCUCCGAAUUGAGUCCAGGUGCGUAGCAGCUUUGUUGGGACCUCGACUGGGGUCUUUUUUUGAGAUUAAUCAUCCACACUUGGUCUGCAAAAAUGGAGCACUUGUCAUCGAGCCAUUUGUAUGCAAUCCAAGAAAUCGCCGGCGAAACUCGCGUAGAAAAAUUCAAAGAGAUUGGCCGCAUAGUCUCUUGUGUCAUAGCGGCUAUCCAAAGAGGAUGCGAUUUUGAGACAGCGGCUAACGCGGGGAAUGUACCGAAAGCUAUAGUGCCUUUAAUCAAAGUUCUCGUCGGAGUCAAAAUAAAGUCCCAUGAAUUCAUCAUCGAAGCUCUCAAAUCCGAUGACAUCUACCUGAUAAUAGAGGCUCUUAGGGCCAGGUGGUUUUACGAUGGUAGCGAUAAAACAAUCACCAACUACGAGUAUUUCUCGAAAAAUUUGCUACCAUACGUAUCAAUGAGUACGCGUCGUGAAAUAGUCAAGAAACUGGCUGUAGGCCUCGCAGAUAAGCAGGUGAAACUAGCCGAAGAUUUUUUCGAUGGCUUCGUCGCUACUUAUGGUGUACAAGAGGCUACCAAUUUUUUACCAGCCUGCAGGAGCGAUUUUAUUUAUGAAGCGAUCGUGAAGCACAAGAUCGUCUUGUCGAACAAAAUACUAAAAAUAAUUUAUCGCAAGUAUCCUGAAAUUGCUCUGCGUUAUCUCAAGUUUACGAAUCCUUACGAAAGGAGAGAUGAAAUCGGUCGGACUAUGUUCCGAGUAAUCGACAUCAAUCAAUACGAGAGUUUUAUGCCGCUGCUUGUGACGAAGCAUCCAGAGGUUUUCGUAAACAUGCAAGAGAUAUGUCAUACUUCGGCUAGCCUAGGAAACAGACGUACCAUGAUGUUUUUGAAAAAUGCGAAGCAUCUACUGAUAGAGAGACCAAGAGACAUAAUAGACUUGAUGCCUUUGAAACUAAUAUGUGACAAUCUAACUGAAAAUGAAUUCGAAACGAUGUUUGGCAACAUUUUGGAAAACCGAUGGGAUAUGUUCAAUAUCGACGAGAUGCUAAACUACUUGGGUUAUUAUCCAGAAGAUAAGAAAGCUACAUUACUGCGCGACAAAGUCAAGGAAAAGUACGGUUUCGAUCUCUACGAAAAAGUCGAGAAGAUGACGCCAAAGUUUCUAUUGCUGCUGCCUAAAGAAGAGCGCCACGCCUUGGCUCGACGAAUCAUUGAAGUCCGACAUAAAGUCGAGGUUUCUGACUCUGAUUCUUCUUGGUGGUGCUACCUACCAGUCGAAGAGGCUAUACCAGCAAUGAAGAUGCAGAUCGUCAAACAUUGGAAGCCUCUCAAGCGGAAGAGGCUAUUCUCGCAGUUGAUCUACUUAUGCAAGCUGAACGAGAACAUGGAAGCGCUGCUAGACGUAUUAAGGUUCGUCAACGAGAAGUACAGAAACGAAAGAGCUGAUGUGAUCUGUGGCAUGCUUGACAGAAUCACCCAAGAGUUCGACUUGGACACUUUCGAGCAGGAGUACUGGAGUAUUAUGUUCAAUCUUAUAAAGCAUCUCAAGCUGAAGAAAGAAACGGCCAGAGAGUAUUGGGUGCUUAUCAAAAUACUCAAAAAGAACGUUCAUUAUUGUGAUAGUCAUGGUCUUCCAGUUGACGACAUUAUCGAACUGAUAGUGAAGUUGUUCCUCGAGGGACGAGUUGGUGUGUCGUGGAUGUUGCUCGAGGACGAAGCCCAGUAUGAGCGAAGGUACCUGGACGUGUGCUUCAAGAAUAGUUACUGGAUGACUAUGGACUACAAGAAGAACGUCGUCGAAGGCAUUUAUAGUUUCAACGAGCGUCAUCUGAAAAAAAAUAAUUCGAUGCAAGGUUUUUCAAUCAAAGACUAUCCGCAUUUAUUAAAAAUAGUAGAAGAGACUCUAAAGAAGGAACAAAAUGAAAAAAUCAGCUGGAUCAUAUACACUAAGGAGAAGCUGAAAAAACACGAACCAGAAUUGUACAAAACAUGGUUUCCAGGCGAAGAAGACGAUUCUUCGAUCGAUAAUUUUUGUGAUGAGUUACCUCUUGAAGAAGACAAACCUGUGCCCGAAACUAGAAAGAAGAUAAUAUACCUGACCGAAGCCAUAAUCGCAUUGAAGAGAAAUUACGGCGAGAUCAAAGACAACUGGGAGCAGUACUACGAGUGCUGUAAAAAUGAGGUCACCUCAAAGAAGCGCAGACGAGUGAAGCUCUUUCUCAAAGCGCUGCGUUGGUACCAAGAUGUGCCAAUCAAGUUCGCCAAGCGAUCGAUCGAGGAGCGCAAUUUUAACAUCAUGGGACACAUGUUCGAUGGCGUGACCUUCUCCAAGAUCGCGCAGAUGUAUCUUCCUAAGGAGACAGACGAGGACCGCAAUACCGGUUACCUAAACGCUCUGCACAUUACGGCGGCUAUCAGAAACACGACGACACCCAUACCUAUAAAUUUGGUUGAGAAUUACUUGCAGGCGCACUACAUGUACUCCUUCAAGAACUACAUAAAUGAUGGCCUGAAGCUCUGGUCAUACGUGUCUUAUCGUACUUCGUCCAAUCAGAUGAUCGUGCUAUCGAGGAAUCUGUCGACGGAACGAUUAUUCAUGAAGCGACAUGCGAUACGGCUGAUGAACGCGAUGGCCGCGCGCAACGACUUGGUGGAUUUCUUCGCGGAGUUUUGGCGCAAAGAACAGCAUCCGAUUAUUCGCGAGAUACUAGCUGAGAAAAUCCGAAAGCUGUUUGCCAAGAGACCGAGCGAUGAAACCUGGAAGCUCAUGAGUUCCUGCAUAGAGGAUGUGUCCUUUGUCAUCUUCAGCGAGGACGACAUUCUCUACAACCUUAUGAGGUCCAAGGUCAUUCCCGUGGAGUACGCAUCGGCUUACGCGGAGCAGAUCAUGCGCAAACUGCGUGACUUUGUAGAAAAAGGUAUGUCCAACCACGACGCAGCUAAGUUCUUGGACCAGCUAUUCGACAAUCUCAAGCCUGAGUGCAAGGAUCAUCUGUCCGACGAGUUUUACAACAAAGUGCUAAACAUCUAUCUUCAGAACUCACAUUUGGAGUUCAGCAAUGCCAAUCGGUUCAUAGUCAAAGUUUAUCUGAACCCAACAAGCAUUCACUUCGAAAACAGACUGAGAUACCUGGCGCAGCUAUUGAGCGUAGAGUCAAAGCGAUUUUACGGCCUAAAUAUGGAGCAGCGCAAGCUCACGCCGAACGUCGUCGAGAGUGUCAUACAGAUCGUCGUUUACCAAGUGCAGAAAUUCAAAGGCAGCUUGAAGCUGGUCGAGAGCCUGUCCAAUGUAUUCUGGACCAUCUUCACACCUUACCAGCAUUCCUGGUCGCACAUAAUGCUUUAUCUAUGCACCGAGUAUAUGAAAGUGGAGCCUUCGUUCGAGGAGUUCGGAAUCCAGGUUGGUCAGAACAUAGGCUACUUAGUCGAGAAAUAUACGCCGGAGUACUUCAUGCAGAUCGUUGAGCUCAUCAACGAGUUUGUUUGUAACUUCAGCUUCUACGAGUACUCGACCACCAUCAGAAAUAGAUUAACAUUUUUGGAGGGUUUGAUCGUAAGUAAGAAUGUACAUGGGUACAUAAUAGCAGCAAAAUUGAUAAACGAGAAGAUCGUUAGCGAGUUCGAUCAUCAGCACUGCAAGAUACUUCAGCAGUUGUCGGAAAUAGACAAUCCAGUUGUUCAGUCUCUUUUGUAAUGGAGCAAAAAUUGUAAAUACGUUACGAGUAACAUAAGAUAUAUUUCUACUUACGCUUAUAGAUAGUUAUUUUAAUUUAAAAUCUACGAUGAUUGCACACAAAUGUGAUACUUCCUGUAAUUGCGUGACGAUGAAAUUUAAUUAUAUAUAUCAAGAUACAAGGAAAUAUAGUAAUAGAACUUUUGAUUUAUAACUCUGAACAGACAUCAUGUAUAUUUUCUAUACGCGCUAAUCGAUGCAACUAUGACAAAUAUUUUGUACAAGUUACACAUAUUUUAUUGUUGAUGUACAUUUGUUUCAUAAAUGCCAUAUAUGAUAAUAUUAAAAUCUAAGAGGAAACAAAUGUUCCUGCAUGCGUUGAUUAUUUUUUUAAAGAUGUAAUGUAAAAAUAUUAGCUAAGUAGAAAAAUCAUUUGUUUUUUCAUUGCAAAAAUAAAUGACGCGAACCAUAAUAUUUUUUUCAAAUACUUUUGUUUUUACUUGUUAGAAUCAUCUUCCUAUAGCCUCCGUUUUUUGGUGAAAAACUAGUAUUGUAACGCCAAAACUCAAGUUUUUGUCUGUAUUUUUGCAGAUAAGCAUGUACUUACUAAAUAAAUACUGCCUAUUCAAGUUACAAAAAA